AUGGAAGGGAACAGAACUAAUUGCAAUAAAGUAGACACCAUAAACAUACAUUUUACUGAUCUUGGUACAUGGCCUUUAAAUAUUACAGAUACACAAAGAACAUAUUUAGUGAAAAUGAGGUACAAUUAUUCUGAAAUUCAUGAUUUUAGAAAUUCGGAAAGAGACGGUAGAAAUGUUAAGUCUGACUGGUUUUUUAAGAUACUUAUGAAUGGAAAAAAAUUAAAAAGAACAUGGCUCAGCUAUUCUUUAUAUAAAAAUGCACUUUUUUGUGUACCUUGUAAAUUGUUUACUAAAAUAGAAAACUCAUCCAAAAUAUCAAAAUUAGCAUAUACUGGCUUAACAAAUUGGAAAAAAGCUACGGAAAAAAUUCCAUUACAUGAAAAUUCACCAAUACAUAAAAAAAAUGUGUGUUCUUGGACUUCAUUGGAAAUAGCAUUGAAUCACUGCGAGGGUAUUGACACAGAAUUGCAAAAUUCUAUAAGAAAAGAAGAAGGUCACUGGAAAUCCGUUUUAUUGGCAAUUAUAGACAUUAUAAUGCAUCUAGCAAUGGACGGAAGUGCGUUUCGAGGAUCUAAUGAAAUUAUUUCUAGUGUGGGAACAUCAAACCGAAGUGGAAAGUUUUUAAAUUUAGUUAAUCUAGUGUCACAUUAUCAUGAACCAUUAUCAAAACAUAUUGAAAGACAUAAAAAAGGUGGUCUUUCUUAUUUUUUUCGUGGUAUUCAAGAUGAGUUUCUAGAGAUAAUGGCAAAAAGAGUUAAAGAUGAAAUUCUUUCAAAAAUAAUAGAGGCGAAAUAUUAUUCUAUACUAUUCGAUUGUACACCAGACAUUGCACACCAAGAACAAAUGACCCAAGUUAUUCGCUAUGUUAUACAAAACAACCAGAAUGAAUGCGAAAUCAUAGAAAGUUUUUUAAAGUUUGUGCGUGUGUACAACAAAACUGGUGAAUCAUUAACAGAAGAUAUAUUAGAUUGUUUAACAAAAGAUAAUUUUAGAAUAUCUGAUUGUAGAGGACAAUCAUUUGAUAACGGGUCAAAUAUGAGUGAAAAAUUAAAGGAGUCCAAGCACGAAUUAUUGAAAUAA